GAUUAAUUAAGAACUGUGAGAGACAUUCGAGACAUAUUCCUAGUGCCAGUAUAAUCAAAGCUCCUUGAAUAUGGUUUUCAUCUUGGGUAUCUCGUUCGCUGAGAGGAAUCUGGUGAAGAAAUCUCUAGAGUCUUUCUAUGGCUUAGGGAACCAAGCUUCAGCUCGUAUCAUGGCCAAGCACUACAUCCAUCCCACGGCGACUGUCGGUUCCUUGUCACAAAAAACGGUCACAUCUUUGACCGCUGAGCUUUCCACCAUGCCUUUAGAGACCGAAUUGAAACGAAGGUUGCAGGAUAACAUCGAAAGAAUGCGGACAAUGGGUAGCUACCGGGGGAGGAGGCAUGCGAUGGGCCUGCCAGUAAGAGGACAGAAUACGAAGAGUCAGAUAUCAACGGCCAGGAAACUCAAUAAAGUAAAUAGAAAAGGAUAAGAGAUUUACGUUGGAAAUGUUUGUACAAAUAGGAUUGUAUUGCGGGCGCAUCUACAGGUUCGGGGGGCUAUACGAAUAGUGACAUCGAAAUUAGAAAUGAAUCACUCUUGGGCCACAAGGCGUAAGGUCACAAAAGAUAUGGUGGAAUGGGUCGCGAAUGGCACCGAUUGUUUGCAAACGUUGGAAACAUUGAACCGGCCAAUUCUCCGCCCCAACGUCGGAGAUACAUACAAAUUCAGGUAUGGGCACGCCACUUUCUAAAGCCUCACAAAGUGCAAACUGAAGAGUCGUGUCUGAGACUUUUAGAGCUUCAAGCAUAUGCUCUUCCAUUUGUAGUUUCCUUAGUCCUAUCCACAUGUUUACCCGCACUUUUGUUCCUAUCUCCGGUCCUUCGCAAGGAGAAAGCAUACACCUUGCGAUCAUUCCCAAAUAUGCUUCUUUACCACAGUACUUGUCUGAUACUCAGACGAAGCAAACUCUUAUAACACAAACUUAUUCUAUGAUGAUUUACAUAGACAAGCAAAUACUUUACCA